AUGUCAGACCUUGCUUUAUGUAAGCUGUGCAUCCGUCAGUUUUCUGGCGAGCAACAAGAAAUAGAAAUCAAAGAACUCGGCGAGAACGAGUAUUGCCCUCUCUGUUUCGGCAUUAUCGAUGAUGAACUGAUAGAGCAGGUAGCAGCAGAGGCAGCGCGCCUAUUGAAUGAGAAGCCUUAUGACUCCAGCACAUUCAUCCUCGCCCUAGCACUUCCUGCCUCGCAGAUGCUGCAAUUCCAUCCUGGUCAAGCGGUACCCGAAAUUUACGGGUACGCUAUGCUCGGUUCCGUUCAAGCUGCGUGCCAUCAACUCGCCACCGGGAUGAGCCCGACGUUGACGUCCGAGCUGCAGAUGACUAUCACAUUUGAGAACGACGAAUUUGCCGACUCGGACAGAAACUUUAUCGAGAGCACUUUCCCUGGGGAUUUCCAGUCGCGAAAACGCAAGCAGCAAAACUGGGCUGAAAAUGGGCAGCCUGAAAUGAGCAAGGUGCAGCUGAUCCCCUAUUUCGGCCGGCUGACCGAGGAGCAAUCAAAGCGCUACACGAUCAAGAAGCCCUCAAAGAAGUGCACAUUUUCGAUUGCAUUUGAGAGGGAGCCGGUGUAUAUUGCGGGGCGUUAUUGCAAAUACUCACGGUCUCUGCCUCAAAGCCCUUGGUCGGCAGAUGAGCAGAUAUUGCCGAUCCCCGGAAAUUCGGUAACCGAAAAAGUAUGUGAGAUCCUGAAGCGUGAAUUCCAAGCCGAAUCGUAUCGCUUUGUCGCAUCCGGGCGAGAAGAUGUCGAUGUCCGGAUGCUGGGCACUGGACGGCCUUUCGUCGUGCACCUGAUUAAUUGUCGUCGGCUUCUUGGAUUGAAGUGGCCGCACUAUAUCGAUCGAUUGAAGGGACUCGAGGCGGAGAUCAACAAACAAGAUGGCAUCAGGAUCAACCAAUUAACCAGGGUGAAUCGCGAUGAAGCUGAAUCGUUGAGCGUUGGACAAGAAGAGAAGCGAAAAACCUACACCGCAUUCUGCUACAGCACGAAGCUGAUCACUGAUGAUAUGUUGACAAACCCGAUGGCGCGGAUUCCACUAGAGACUAUCCAAAAGACGCCGGUACGUGUUAUGAAGCGUCGCUCGCUUCUCGACAGGCCUAGGACGAUUUUCACGAUGGAGACGAUGAGAAUUGACGAUUUCCAUUUCUUGCUUAGAGUCGAGACCCAAGCUGGCACCUACAUCAAGGAAUUUGUCCACGGCGACUUUGGCAGAACACGGCCCUCCAUGGCCGACCUUAUGGGCGUCGACAAGGGCGAUGAAGUCGACAUCCUCGAGCUCGACGUCGAAAACGUCGACCUCGAAUGGCCACCAUUCUAUGAAUCCCCCCAGAAAUUCAAA